AUGAUGUUGACCUUAUUGAUUUCCGGUCCUAAACAGCCCGGAAAUGAUAUAGACGUCUACUUGGAGCCUUUGAUUGAUGAUUUAAAAUCUUUGUGGGAUGGGAUUGGAGGAGUGUAUGAUGCACAUAAUGGAGAAUACUUUACACUCAGAGCUGCAUUAAUGUGGACAAUUAAUGAUUUCCCCGCCUAUGGAAACUUAUCUGGUUGUGUUGUUAAAGGAUAUAAAGCUUGUCCAAUAUGCGGCGAUGAUACACCUAGUCACAGGUUGAAAAAUGGCCACAAAAUUUGUUACAUUGGGCAUAGAAAAUGGUUACCGAUCAAUCAUCCAUAUAGGAGGCAACGUGCAGCUUUUAAUGGGAAACCUGAAUAUGGCACGCCUCCUGAGCCAUUAACCGGAGAAGAAGUGCUGCAUAUGGUUGAAGAUGGUGACAGAGUUUGUUGGAAGAAGAAAUCAAUAUUCUUUGAUCUCGAGUAUUGGAAAUACCUUCCUGUGAGGCAUGUCCUAGAUGUUAUGCACAUUGAGAAGAACGUUUGCGAUAGUAUCAUUGGUACAUUGCUGGAGAUCCCUGGAAAAAAUAAAGAUGGGAUUGCUGCUCGAUUAGAUUUAUUGAACAUGGGGGUCAAAACUGAUUUGCAACCCGAGUAUGGAGAAAGACGUACUCGUUUGCCUCCCGGGCCUUGGAAUUUGUCAAGAGCAGAGAAGAGAGAGGUUUGCAAUUCUUUCUAUGGUAUGAAGGUCCCUGAAGGUUAUUCUUCAAAUAUAAAAAAUCUUGUAUCUUUACAAGAUUCAAGACUUCUUGGCCUUAAAUCACAUGAUUGUCAUACCUUAAUGCAACAAUUGCUCCCUGUGGCAAUUCGUUCUGUUUUGGAGAAGCCUGCAAGAUAUAUGAAAGUGCUAAAGGGGUAUGUUCAGAAUCGUACUCGUCCCGAAGGUUGCAUUGCUGAGCGGUAUAUAGCUGAAGAAGCUGUAGAGUUUUGUACCGAGCAUUUAUCUGAUGUUAGUACAGUUGGAGUGCCUUCAAGCCAAAAGAUGGGAGUUUCAAAGCCAUUAUCAGGUUGCACAGUGAGCGUAGUUGAUCGGGACCUGUUGAACCAAGCACAUCUAUAUGUCUUGGAGAAUACGGAGGAAGUCCUACCUUAUAUCGAGCAACAUAUGAUCCACAUCCAGACCGCUUAUCCAAAAUUUAGAAAGAGAACAAAGUGGCUGCAGGAUAAGCACAAUAGCACUUUCAUUCAAUGGCUACGCUUCAAGGUUCAAAGUGAACUUAAUGAGGACAAUCAUGGCGUAUCAGAAAAUUUAAGGUGGCUAGCAGCUGGUCCAAACAUGGCAGUGCCAUUAUAUAGGAGCUAUCUCAUUAAAGGUAUUAAAUUCAACAUCAAGGCACAAGAUGAUGUGCGGACAACUCAAAAUAGUGGAGUUUAUUUACUUGCACAUACUAUGCAAGUUGCUAGUGCCAAGGAUAAAAACCCAAUUCUCUCAAAUAUGGGUUUCUAUGGUGUCAUUCAAGAAAUUUGGGACCUUGACUACCAAAAGUUUACAAUCCCAGUCUUUAGGUGUGAUUGGAUUGAUAAUACUUCUGGUCUUGUAGUGGACGAACUUGGAUUUACCCUUGUAGAUUUGAGUAAAAUUGGACAUAGGAAUGACCAAUUUGUUUUGGCUUCUCAAGUCAAACAAGUAUUUUUUGUUGACGACCCGAUGCAUCGUGGUUGGUCGGUAGUGUUAUCAAUGCCUAAUAGAGAAUAUAAUGAUGUUAUUGGUGAUGAUGUCUUAGGUGAUGUGAGAAUUGAGUGUGAGCCAUUUACUAGGGGGAUGCCAAAUGUUGACACAUUUGAUGAAGUGGUGGUUGAGUUAGGGAGUCAAAAUAUUCGAGAUGGGUGUGAAGAUAUAUGGGUUGAAUGA